GCCGCGUGACGUCACACACAAACAAUCGGAGAAGAAGCGCGGACAGAUCGGCGUUAAUAUUCAAAAUUCUGCUCUUAUAUUGUAAUAAAUACACAUGUGACAGCCGCAGCAGAAGCCAGUCCCUGUUCAGACGGAUGGAAGAGUUUCUGAAGCACUUCAACAGCGACAGCAGAGCGGAACAGCGCUGGCUGUCUGCAGUGUAUGAUGCUGUGCAGCAGCAGCUUCAUCCUCUCAUCGAUGUGUCUCUGGGUCUGUCUGUGGCUCGUCUGUCUCUGGCCGUGGUGUCGAAGGUGCAGACGGUCGUGGGCUCGGACGCUGGUUUACCUGUCAGCUACAGGUUUGUGUCCGUGUCGGAGCUGAUCCGGGAUCAGAGAACCGCCUGCUGCAGCAGCCUCCGCUGGAGCUCCGCCCACUACCAGGAUCAAGCUAGGGGGGCGGAGCUAAAGCUGCCCACUUACAAAGCUCUCCCACGUGACAACCUGCUUCUGAUUGGCUGUCUGUGUGACGGACGGGCCGCGGGGACAAGUGACGGCGUCUGGAGGGUGAGGGACGCGGGAGGAAGUGUAGCGUGUGCGAUGCUGAAGUCGUCUUGUCUCUGGUUGGGGAGGCUCAUGCUGUUUCCCUCAUGGAACUACAUCCCCCAUAAUGCACCAGCUGCGGGUUACCUAGAGCUGCUGGACCCUCCGGUGUGUGUGACCCUGGAGGCCAUGGCCUUUGACCCCGGAGGAGCCCUGAGUGAGGUCCUGAGCGUGACGCAGGCGGCUGAGCUCCUCAGACAGAGGUGUGAGGGUCAGGGCUGUGUGUGCGUCAGCGGCCAGGUGAGCGUCGUCUGUCCUCUGCUGCUGAUCCGUGGGAAGCAGUUCUUCUGUCUCGUCCUCAGAGAAGCAGGAUGUUCAGUGCCUGUGUUCAUCACCGAAGCCAAGCAUCAGUUCUGGAGGCAGUGUGUGUGUGUCGGUCAGAGCGUGUGGAUCUCGUCUCUGCGUGUGUGUUCACUGCAGGGGCUGGAGGGCCGGCGUGUGCUGACGGACAGCUGUCAAUCACGCCUCCAUCCUCAGCCGCAGCUGCAGGAGAGCUCUGAGGAUCCAGACACACACACAGACUCCAUCAGCGCAGAUACACACCUGUGCUCCGGCUCCGCGGUCCGAGUCAAGCGCUCCACGCUCAUCAGCUUUAAGGGAACCGUCACAAAGAUCUUGAAUGCAGAGGCGGGGCUUUAUGAGAUUGACGGACAGGCGGGGCUUUGUCUGGCCUAUCAGCCGGCUCAGAAGUGCUGCGGCGGCUUGAGGCCAGGGGCGGAGAUUCAGCUUCACAACGUUCACUUCCUGUACCGCGCUUCCCCGUUCGCUCCUCAUGUGGUUCUGUGCGCGUGUCUGCGCUCCAGUCUGCAGGUCACUGCCUUCAGCCGCUUGAGCUCAGAGGUGGAGGUGUCGGGGUCACACGGGCCGCUGCGUUGCCUCCUGCUGGAGAAGAACCUGGGCGCGUCGCAGUAUCUCUGGCUCUGCUACUGUCAGAACGCCAUCGCUGAGAGGUUGUGUCCACGCUGGGUGAGAGCGGAGCGAGUGUGUGUGGUCGCCGAGCGGCUGCUGGACUUUGUGUGUGAUGCUGAACAGAAGACCCAAAAAAAGAGAAACAUUUACAGAGAGAUGAUACAGGAGCCACACCAGUGCCCUGUUACCAUGUUCUGUGUGUGGUGGCCGUCUGCGGCGCUGUGGUCAGUAAAGCAGCUGUCUGAUUGGAUGAGGCGUGAGGUUUGGGAGUCUCUCUCGCUGCCGUCUCUCCUGCCUCCGUCUGCAGCUCACAUGACGGCGCUGGAGCUGAACGCGGCUCUGUCCUGGUCCGUUCAUGAGGUCCCACUGACAGACGUGUCCCCAGAGUCACCGCUGUUAGUGGGGGUUCUGGAGCUGGACUCGACCCGCGCCACACUGCAGCUCAGAGACCAAACACACGCGCUCAACUGCCUGUGUGUCUCAACCCACCAAUCAGGAGCCAGAACCGCACACAUCAACACCGCCUGGCAGGGUUGUCUAGUGUGUGUGCGGCGGUGUACAUUAGUCAUGGAGAGGUUCAUGAAGACACAGUUCCCUUCCUGGAAACACCUGGAUCAGUCGACUUACAUCAAACACAAACACUGCAGGGUUUAUCUUCAGCUGUGUGUGGAGGAUCUGACCAUCAUCAGUCCGUCUGCUGCCAUGAGCCGCAGAGAGAGACCCAGCGAUGGCCCCGAGAGCGCUAAGAGACCCCGAGCCGACGCGGCCCCCGAGCGACCUCUGACCCCUGCGGCAUGUGUGAGUGUGCUGCUCAGACUGGAGUCCAAGCAGGGCGUGACGCUGCAGAACGGCUCGGCUCAGGCUCUCGGGCUGCAACCGGGCUUCAUGUGCAGAGCCGUCUGUCUGGGAGACGUCCAGAGCUGGAGCAGAGAUCCCACAAACGGCCGGACGCAGGAGCACGAGGGACACGGAGACACACAGAGGAUUGAGCUGCACUUCAUGGGUUCGUGUGUUCGCUGGUUCCCUGUCCUUCAUCCUGGAUGUGUGUACAGAAUAAUCGCACGCAACACUGAGGAUGUGAGUGUGUUAAAGGCCAAAGGGGUUUCAGCGAGGGGCGGAGUCACACAGCUCAGUAGCCCCGCCCUCCUGCUGCAGCCACAGUGGCGCAUUCACACCAUCACAGAAGAGCUGCCUGAUGUACAGUCAGCAGUUCCUGUGCUCAUGAGUGUGUCUGAAGUUCUUCACAGCAGCUCCGCCCCUGAGAUCGUCUCCUUUAGUGGAGUCAUCACUCAGCGAAUCACGUUGCAGGAGGACAACGGAGCCAAACCCACGAUCCAAUCGCUGACAGCUUCUGAAGAUGCACGUGUUGAGCAGGAUCUGCGUGUGCGUCUGACCGUCCAGGACGCUGAUUGUCCAGGUCAUGUGAUUGACGUGUACGUGGAUCUGUCGUGUGGCCCGUACACGCUCGGUCUGAUCGCCGGAGCCACGGUCUCGGUCCAUCACAUUCAGCGCAGAGUCUCCAGAGCGUGUAACGUGUACUGCCGCUCUCUGCCCAUCAGCUGUGUGAGUGUCACUGAUCUGACGUCAGUCCGUUCAAGGUCAGGUGUGGCUCUGUCUCCUCCUCCCAUGAUGCUCUUGGGCGAGUGGGCGUCGGGCCGGGCGCAGUGCUGUGUGCUGGCUCAGGUCAAAGGUCACGUGGUGUGUGUUUUAUCCCUGCGGCUGCAGUGGACGUGUUCUCUCUGCGGGAGCAUCUUCAGACAGACGUCCUGUGGCCGAACUCACCCUCCAUGUGACUCGACCAGCGCAGUGUUUCAGGCCGAGGCCAAAGUGGUGGUGGAGGACGGCUCUGCUGAUGCUCACGUCUGGUUCUCUUCUGACGCCGUCUGCGACCUGCUGAAGUUGAAUGUGAGACAGUGGGAGGGGCUUCAGAGACAUGUUAAGGUCAAAGGUCAUGUGAAGGUGUACACACGAGGACGCAACAUGACGUGUGACGAGGACCCUGAUGAUGCUGUAGUUCAAUAUCUAAGCCGACUGUGCUCCAGCACCGCUGUGUGUCGACCGAUUCACCUCACCUGCCGACUGCGAGCUCAGAGAACAGGGAAAGCUCAGCUGAGGAAACUUCAUCGAGGACAAACUGAAUUCAUCUGCAAAUUCACACCUUCACUGCAGUUACACUGCCAACAUUUACACACACACUAAACACACACACACACACUGAAACACAAUGACUGGCAUGCAGCAGACCUGUGUCAUGUGAUCAGAUGCUGCUCACUGUUUUAUGUGUUUGAUGUUCUGCUGCUGUUUUGGAGCUCUUAUCUAAAUAAUUAUUCAGAAACAGA